CCAUACCCCUCUCAAGGGCCUUGCAUCACUCAGCAGGGAGGUGCUUCUGCUGCUGCCGCCGCCGCCACCUCCACCCCUGCCUCCUAACCAUGCUGAAAGUGACCAGACUUUCUCAAGGAUCGAAAACAUCCCCGUUCUAGUGGGAAGGGAUUCGCCAGGAUUGCUCUCCAUGGUGUCUGCUCUCUUCCAGAGUCUGAUCUCUUCCUGCAUCUAUAAGAUCUACAGAGGAAUGUUUACAAAGAAAUUGGGAAACAGUACAAAGAAGAAAGAGAGUUGCCAAAGCAACAAGGAGCCCGAUCCUGCCCACGAUCUGGCCCAAGCAAAGAGCCCUAAGCUCUCCAGCGCUUUGAGGAGCACCGUGAAGAAGAUCGCCAAGCGCUCCUCCGCCCGCCACUUGUCGAGGGACGCUGACGGGGGCAGCCAAGAGUUCUCCCUCUCCCCCACGUUCAGCUACCGGGUCGCAAUCGCCAAUGGGCUCCAGAAGAGUGUUCUCCUAGCCCACAAGCAUGACGCUCCUCCUCCUCCGGACGUGUCUUCCACCGAGAGCUCCUUUUCGGAGCCCCUGAGCGCCGAAACCACGGGCCUGAGCAGCAGCCGGGAACUUUCCUCCCACGCCAUGCCGGUGAGGCGCAACCGCAAGAGCGUGAGCAGCCUCGCCCCUUCCGACGGCAGCUCGGACGGGGAGCGCACCCUGCACAGCCUGAAGCUGGGGGCGCUGCGGAAGUUGCGGAAAUGGAAGAAGAGCCAGGAGUGUGUCUCCUCCGACUCGGAGCUGAGCACCUGGAAGAGGUCCUGGGGCCUGCGGAGCAAGUCGCUGGACCGGACGGCCCGCCCACAGAAGUCCAGCACCCUCGAGCCGGGCUUCAGCUCGACAGGCUGCAUCAGCCAAACCCACGACGUGAUGGAGAUGAUCUUCAAGGAGCUUCAGGGCAUCAGCCAGAUCGAGACGGAGCUCUCGGAACUGCGGGGCCACGUCAACGCCCUGAAGCAGUCCAUUGACGAGAUCUCCAGCAGCGUGGAGAUCGUGCAGAGUGAGAUUGAGCAGCUGCGGACAGGUUUCGUGCAGUCCAGGAGGGAGACGCGGGACAUACACGAUUAUAUCAAGCGGAUCGGGCACUCGGGGAGCAAAACCGGCCUUAGGUUUUUAAACGUGCCCGAGGAGAAGUUUGAAAACCUUGAGCAUGUGGUGUACAGAACUUUGGUGGAGAAAAUGGGGUUUCCAGAGGCACAGAAUUCUGUCAAAAUAGAAGUGGCACACCGGAUGGGGCAGCCCCGGGAGUGCCCCGGUGCGAAGCCCCGCCCCAUCCUGGUUUACUUCGAGACGCCACAGCAGAGAGAUUUAGUUCUGAAAAAGUCUUACAAGCUCAAAGGCACUGGGAUUGGGAUUUCCACUGAUAUUGUCCCUCACGAUGCCAGGGAAAAGAAAGAGAGGACUCUGCCUUCCUCGCAGACAUACGAAAGUAUGGACAGGAAGCUGCUGGCUGUUGACCCCAAAGCUAAGAAGCAUGACUGGGAGUCUCCCGACAGCAGUGACAGAGAACUGGAGUCAGAUAUAAACUGCAAUAGUUACGCAAAGAUUUCCAAAUCGGCGCCCCAGAUGAAAAGAGGUCCUGCCAAGGCUCGGGAGGAACCUUUGGACACCCGAGUCCAGAAGGGAGCUUCCGAGGGCAACAGCCCCUCAAGUAAAGUCAGCUACAGCCGAGAGUGCCCCAAAACUGAGGGUCCACCGGAGGAGCCCACGGCUGGCGGCUACUCCACCGCCCACUCUCUCUGGCAGUCACAGAACGACUUUGCCACCUUGAAGCUCAGCCGCUCAGAAUCUGAUUUUUCUAAGCUCUGCCAGUCAUACUCUGAAGAUUUUUCAGAGAAUCCGUGUUUUGGUAGAACCAGUGGCAGCUCCCUUUUAUCUUUCUCUGAUCGAGAACUGUGGCAGCGAACGCAGGAUAACCGAUCCAGCUGGUGUGCUGAGUCUCAAGAACAGGCAUCCAAUCAAGAAGAUGGGAGCCUUUACAGAGUGGGGGACGACGGUGGGAACGCAGAAGCGGCUGACAGUGGAGUCAGCAAUGGGCUCAUGUGCGUCUCCGGAGACCAGAGUCAUUACAGCAACUCUCAGGUCUCCUUGGAAGGUGACUUUUCCCCAUGGAACCCAAUGGAGCAAGACACAGAUCUGGGGUUAGACUCAUCCACCCAAGACAUGCUGACCUAUGACCUGAGCAGCUCUUCUGACCAACAGGUAGACUACGGCCAAAUGUCUGAUGCCCAGUACGAUGCAGAGAAUGAUGAUUUUGCCAUGAACAACUCCGCUUCUGAUAAGGGUCUUGACAGCGAAAAACAGAGCCCGUGGACCGGCCAGUAUGAUGACUACCAGGAGAUGAAUGCCAGCACCCUGUACCAGAACCAGAACAGGGUGCCGACGAUGUACCGAAGCCAGAGCGAACUGCCCAGCGAUAACUCGGAGGAAGCCCCUCCCAAGUCCUGGCACAGCCGGCUCAGCAUCGACCUGUCCGACAAGACGUUCAGCUUUCCUAAAUUUGGGAACACUCUGCAGAGGGCGCGGUCGGCCUUGGAGGUGGUGUGGAAUAAAAGCGCCCAGAGCCUCAGCGGGGGUGAAGACAGUGGGUCGUCUUUCAUGGGGAGGUUUCGAACUUUGUCGCCGUCAACGGCGAACGAGUCCAGCACCACCCUCGACUCGGACGUUUACACAGAGCCGUAUUAUUACAGAGCCGACGACGAGGAAGACUACAGCGAGCCUGUUGGGGAGAAUGAAACAGAUUAUGUGGAAGUUAUGGAGCAGGUUCUCGCUAAACUGGAAAACAGAACCAGUGCCAGUGAGUUGGAGGAAGAAAUCCCGGAGGAUGAGCCUGAGCAGACCCCGUACGAGAGCCCGUACGCCUUCUCGCAGGACGGGACGCCCGAGGGCUGCUUCGAAAGCCUGGUGGUUGGUGACGAUGACAUGAUGGAAUUUGCGGAUGAGGUGACUGUAGAAACCAGAGAGGAAGGAGGCGAAGAUGAAAACCAGAAUUUCCCAGAGGUUCCUGUCGAGACACCCGUGAAAAAGAGGGUGCGGCCGUCCUUCAAAGAAGCUGCUCUGAGAGCCUACAAGAAGCAGAUGAGUGAACUGGAGGAGAGGAUCCUGGCUGGAGAUAGCAGUUCUGUGGAUGAAAAGGCUCGCAUCAAGGGCGGGGGGCCCUUGGAGGCAUCCAAGCUGGCCAUCCAGGCCUUCGUCGGCCCCAACAGUGCCUUGUAUGGGAUUGACAGCAUGCCAGACCUGCGCCGCAAAAAGUCGUUCCCUAUCGUCCGAGACUUGGCAAUGAAGACGCUGGCUGCCCGGAAGUCUGGGAUUUCUCUGGCCAUGCUCAUCCAGACAUCUGUGAACAACGAGGAGAUGAAAAUGCACGUGUUCAAGAAGACCCUGCAGGCCCUCAUCUACCCCAUGUCCUCCACCACCCCCCACUACUUCGAGGUGUGGACAGCCACGGCCCCCACCUACUGCUACGAGUGCGAGGGUCUCCUCUGGGGCAUUGCAAGGCAGGGGAUGCGCUGCACCGAGUGUGGGGUCAAGUGCCACGAGAAGUGCCAGGACCUGCUCAACGCCGACUGCCUGCAGAGAGCCGCGGAAAAGAGUUCCAAGCACGGGGCGGAAGAUAAAACCCAGACGAUUAUCAGCGCCAUGAAGGAGCGGAUGAAGAUCCGAGAGAGGAACCGGCCGGAGGUCUUUGAGCUGAUCCAGAAAGUGUUCCAGAUCCCGAAGGAAGACUUUGUGCAGCACAUGAAGGCCGCCAAGCAGAGCGUCUUGGAGGGGACGUCCAAGUGGUCGGCCAAAAUCACCAUCACAGUGGUCUGUGCGCAAGGCUUGCAAGCCAAGGACAAAACCGGCUCCAGCGACCCCUACGUGACGGUGCAGGUGGGCAAGACCAAGAGGAGGACCAAGACCAUCUUCGGGAACCUGAACCCCACCUGGGAUGAAAAGUUCUACUUUGAAUGCCACAACUCGACAGACCGAAUCAAAGUCAGAGUCUGGGACGAGGAUGAUGACAUCAAGUCCCGCGUGAAGCAGCACUUCAAGAAGGAGUCGGACGACUUCUUGGGCCAAACCGUCAUUGAAGUGCGGACCCUCAGCGGCGAGAUGGACGUCUGGUACAACCUGGACAAGCGGACCGAUAAAUCCGCCGUCUCUGGGGCCGUCCGGCUGAAGCUCAACGUGGAGAUCAAAGGGGAGGAGAAGGUGGCCCCGUAUCACAUCCAGUACACCUGUUUGCAUGAGAGCAUCUUCCACUACCUGACGGAGGUGAAAUCCAACGGGACGGUGCAGAUCCCGGCCAUCAAGGGAGAAGAAGCCUGGAAGGUCUACUUUGACGAUGCUGCGCAAGAAAUUGUGGAUGAAUUCGCCAUGCGCUACGGGAUUGAGUACAUCUACCAGGCAAUGACGCAUUUUUCGUGCCUGUCCUCCAAGUACAUGUGCCCGGGCGUCCCGGCCGUCAUGAGCACCCUGCUGGCCAACAUCAACGCCUUCUACGCACACACCACGGCCACAACCAACGUUUCUGCCUCGGAUCGAUUUGCUGCCACCAACUUUGGGAGAGAAAAGUUCAUAAAACUGCUGGAUCAGCUGCAUAAUUCCUUGCGCAUCGACCUCUCCAAGUACAGGGAAAACUUUCCAGCCAGCAGCCCCGAGAGGCUCCAGGAUCUGAAGUCAACUGUGGACCUGCUCACAAGCAUCACAUUCUUCCGCAUGAAGGUCCUUGAACUGCAGAGUCCACCCCGUGCCAGCAUGGUCGUGAAGGACUGUGUCCGAGCCUGCCUGGAUUCCACCUACAAGUACAUUUUUGACAACUGCUAUGAGUUGUACUCCCAGUUAAUGGACCAGGGCAAGAAGCAAGAUGCUCCUCGGGAGGAACAGGGGCCAACGACCCAGAAUCUGGACUUCUGGACGCAGCUCAUCACCCUCAUGGUCACCAUCAUUGAUGAAGACAGGACUGCCUACACGCCGGUCCUGAACCAGUUCCCGCAGGAGCUGAACAUGGGCAAGGUCAGCGCUGAGAUCAUGUGGUUCCUCUUUGCACAGGACAUGAAAUACGCCCUGGAAGAGCAUGAAAAGCAGCGGUUAUGCAAGAGCACGGAUUAUAUGAAUUUGCACUUCAAAGUGAAAUGGUUUUAUAAUGAAUAUGUGCGUGAUCUCCCCUCCUUCAGAGACGCUGUGCCUGAAUACUCGCUGUAAGUCCAAAGGGUUGUGUGUGUUGGGGUGGAUGAAAACGAGGACGUCUCCAUGGAUUUCCUUCAUGGUGCUCUGGGAAGGGACAAGAAAGAUGGGGUGAGGCCGACCUCAGACCAUGCCCUCUUCUCCUGCUCGGUGGUGGAUGUCUUUACGCAGCUCAACCAGAGCUUUGAGAUCAUCAAGAAGCUGGAGUGCCCCAAUCCAGAAGCGCUCUCUCACCUCAUGAGGAGGUUUGCCAAGACUAUGGAGAAGGUGCUCACUCAGUAUGCUGUCAUUAUAAAAAAUGAUUUCAGCGCUUACUGCGAUAAAGAGAAUGUGCCCUGCAUCCUGAUGAACAACAUCCAGCAGUUGCGGGUUCAGCUCGAGAAGAUGUUUGAAGCCAUGGGAGGGAAAGAGCUGGACCCAGAAGCCAGCGCGGCCCUGAAGGAGCUGCAGGCCAAGCUGAGCGGCGUUCUGGAUGAGCUCAGCAUGAUCUAUGGGGCCAGUUUCCAGGCUGUCAUUGAGGACUGUGUGAAGCAAAUGAGUCUGGAGUUGAACCAGCUGAGAGGCAACGGGGCGGCAGCCGCCAACAAAAGCAGCAGCGGCGGCAGCAGCAACGCCAUGGAUGCUGAAGUGGUGCUGAGGCCUCUGAUGGACCUCCUUGACAAAACCUUAAGCGCCUCGGCAAAAAUCUGUGAGAAGACGGUCCUGAAGCGGGUCUUGAAGGAGCUCUGGAAACUGGUCCUGAGCAAAAUAGAGAAGCAGAUUGUGUUGCCACCGCUAACGGACCAAACGGGGCCCCCAAUGCUUCUCAGCGCAGCCAAAGAUUUCAGCCAACUCUCCAAGCUGAAGGACCACGUCAUUCGGGAGGACACCAAAAGCCUGACGCUGAGGCAGUGUGCAAUCAUGGACGUGGUUCUGGCAACCAUUAAGCAAUACUUCCAUGCAGGAGGCAGUGGGCUGAAGAAGAACUUCCUGGAGAAGAGUCCGGAAAUGCAGUCCCUCAAGUACGCACUGAACCUUUACACUCAGCCCACGGACAUCCUGAUCAGGAAAUUCAUUGAUACCCAGGUGGCACAAGGCCAGGCGACCAAGGACGACACCGCCGGGGAGAUCAACCUGCAGGUGGACCUGAACCCACAGCCCGGAACGGGGGAGCAGAAGGUCACGGUGAAAGUUAUAGCAAUUAAAAAUCUCAACUGGCAAACGAGUUCCAUGUUCCGGCCCUUUGUGGAGGUUUGCCUUCUGGGACCCAACCUGAGUGACAAAAAAAGAAAACACAGCACCAAAACCAAGAGCAACACGUGGUCUCCCAAGUACAACGAGACCUUCCAGUUCCUUUUGAGCAGCGAUGAGAGGCCCGGAUCCUACGAGCUUCACCUCUCUGUGAAGGAUUACUGUUUUGCGAGGGAAGACCACGUCAUCGGCAUGACCGUCCUCCAGCUGCGUGGCCUGGCGGAGCGUGGGAGCAGUGCCGCUUGGCACCCGCUGCUCAGGAGCAUCCACAUGGACGAGACAGGGCUGACCAUCCUCCAGAUACUCUCUCAGAGGACCAGUGACGACGUUGCAAAAGAAUUUGUCAGACUCAAGUCAGAAACACGGUCCGUGGAAGAAACUGCCUGAAAAACUCCCCCCCGCCGCCAAUAACCGUCAGCGCCAAGAUCCGUGACCCUGUCUUACCAACGUCUGAUUCAUGCAUGCGUGUGCAACUCUGUGGGAAUGUUUAACUCUGUUUCCGUGUUUGCCAGAACAUAAAAGUGCUAUAUUUGCAAGGUAUGUCCAAGAGCUGUCAACCUUUUCUACAUGUUUGGGUCCUUGACAAAAAAAAAAGAAAAAGUAAUUGUUCCAAUGAAGUGCCAAAACUGCAAAAACGAGCACAUUAUUCAUGGCAUCUUUUUCAGUGUUGAUUUUGUCCCGUUUCCAGCUCCUCCUCCAUUUCCCAAUUGCCCCGUGAGGUUUUUUGGGUUGUUCUGUUGGCUGUCUCCGUUAAUCGACCACGUGGGCCACUCCGCGGCCCCACCCGCCUAUCUUGGACGUUUGACCGAAAGGCCAGGUUCCAUUUUAUGCAAACUCCAUUUUAAAUCUUACUUCCCAAAAACUUUUUCUACCAUAACUUACAGAUGCAGUUACUUCAAGGAAGAGUUUGUAAUUUUUAUAAUUGCUAAUACAAAGAAAUGAUUUUUGCAUACAAACUUUAAAAAAGAAAAACAAAGGUGGAAAUGUUUUGUGCUGACCUUUUUUUUCCAACCUUUCAUAUUUAUCACUGUGAAGAAGAAUGCUGUCUGAAGCCAGUUCUCAAGAAGCCUCAGCACGCUUGUGACUGAUCUCUUGAGAUAACUUUAUUCUCCCAAACUGCCAAGGUAACACAACCUUUGUGUUAAAGGGGUGCAACAAUUUGCUACAGGCAUGAGGGGCAGGGGGGCGCAUAGGGACUGACCCUCCCCCACAGAAGGGUCCCCUCUCAUUCCAGUUGGAGAACCUCAACCGGUGAGGGGGGGCAGGCUUCCUCCCCCAGAGAAGUGAGUGAUGAAUGGGAAAGGCCUUGUGCCCAUCAGGAAGAUGGGGGGGGAUGCGCGGGGGGGCAUGGGAGGGGAUGCUGGCAAAGAGUGCAGGCAGUCGUCUUUGGCUCAGGGCGCCCAGGAUGUCCUCUGGGCAGGUGCUCCUUGGGGAGGCAUGUCAAGAGCCACUUUUGAGGGGCUUAUGUGGGAGGAAGCACCCCCCACCCCACCCCACAUACACACCCAGGUGCUCUUCCCCAUAUUUCUACAGCACAAGAGUGGCACAAGAGUUCUAGUACAUGACAUGCUGCUGGAGGAUACAGGGUUAAUGAGAUGGAAGGUGCUGGUUUGGUGGUUUCCAUCUGAAGAUCAUUCUUAAGAAGCAACUUUUGCUGUUAACAUUUUUCACUUUGGCCAUUACAGAUAUAGUUUUACAUACUUAGCUGGAAUCUCAGUUAAGUGCUUUAUUUCUUAUUUUUAUUUUCUUAAAGGUUUAAAGGUUUCUACUUAUGCAACAUGCCUGUGUCUUGCACCGAGGCAAAAAAAAAAAUAAUAAAAUAAAUAUUGAUGUGCUAUAAAUAUGUUUCAUGAGAAAUUGUAAAAUAAAGCAAGAAGAAACUGCU